AACAAUCUCCCAACUCAUCUCUGUGAAUGCUCAUCUCUAAGGUCGUCUUUAAAUAUUUUGAGUUUUGUUAAUUUUGUUUUAAUAUUCAAAGUGUUCAGCUCAACAGAAUUCACUGUACAUACGAAUCAAAAUAACAGUAUAAAUAAAAAUGAGCGAUUUUCAUUCGUCUAUGAAUUGUAUAUCACCCAAUGCCAGGGUUCUUACUCCGAAACCACAAGUACGUCAAACCCUAGAUGUAAAGCAGAUUCAAUAUAAGGCGAGGAAUAGCAUUACAUGGUUCUUCAUCAAUGGAACGUUGCUCGGAGUUGUUAUUUUUGAUAUCUUAUACGGUGGUGUGGCAUAUAAGCCAUUUUGUUGGGUCGAAUGGUGCUUGGCAUCAGUAUUUGCUUUAAAUGCAAUAUACCAUUUAGCGAGAUAUACAGUAGCAACUUUUACUUUACAUCCGGUAACAUUAAACUCAGGACAAAGAAGAUUAUUAGGUAUACCAGAUGACGAUCCACUAUUUAAGAAUGAAACGCCACCAAUACCCAAAGCAGCAGAGCCCUGUUCUCCACUGAAUUUCUCAUGUAUGAAUCUAAGCAGGCGUUCCAGUGUUCUGGGUUCUUCGGGAUUAGAUGACAGUAAAGAUUAUUCAUCAUCAAGCCCGUUUUGUAAAUACAGCAGUGCAGCAUCGCCCCGUAAAUUAACACUGAGCCCUAAUGGUUCAUUCAACAAAUCCUUAAAUGUUUCUAUAAGCGGAAGUCUAAUAGGAGAAGAUUUAAUACAAGAUGAAGAGCAAUUGCAAAGUUACUUAAAGGAAGUAGCUCGUCGAGAGAGAAAAUCAGCAUGUUCAACAAACAUUGAUCAACCUUCAAAUUUGCUAAGUUCCUUCUGGUCUCAUCCUGCUAUCCGGAGUCCUGGGGAAGUGUCACCUAUGUUGAGAAGAUGUGCUUACCAGUUAGCACCUACAGUUGAUAAGUCUAAAGCUUCUAGUCCUGGUGCUGAAGAAGGUAGUUCCCCGAGAGGAGCAUUUGGUGUUCUAGAUGUUUGGCGGAAGUAUCGAAUCGAUCCUGGGAAAGUGAAUCAAUGGACAGCGAAUUUAAGAAUGUGGAUAAGUAAAACAGUUGUCGAGCGUGUGGCACAAGAAAUAGAAAAUGUGAGCUGUGCCUUAUUACGACAUGGUUUAAGCGAUUCUCAACCAGGACACGUAGGUCUCGAUAGACUUAGGAAACUUGCGCAAUCUCCAUUCUUGGUGUGCGGUAUACCGACACUUCCUGCUUUGGUCCCAUUCUUGGAACUCUCAAACAAUCAGGAUUAUUUGGUCAAAAGAAUUAAGAUCCUUGCCAAAGGUGGUUCCAUGAGUGAAUUCAAGUGGAAUAGUGGAGGAUCUUACAACGGAAAAGAAUGGGAUAGUAGUUUACCAACCGAUACAGCUAUAAUAAUGCACCUAGUGUCGUCUUAUAUGGACACUCAGUUAGAAGCUCCUCUGGAUCAACCCGAUGCUCGUCCAUUUAGUUCCAGAUACAUGGCAAGAGCCAAUUCCGAGCUACCAAGAAACAAGGGACCGAUCAUUGUUUGCCAAACUGUAAAUCCUCCGCAUUACAAUUUGGCUCUGUCAGGAGAUUCAUUGCCAACUGACUUCGAAGAGAUACCAAGGGGUAGAAACAAUAUGUUCCACACUCUCCUCCUAUUCCUGUACAUCAUCAAGACGAGAGAUCAUGGAAUGCUUGGACGAGUGAAUUUAGGAAUGUCAGGUGUCAACAUUCUUUGGGUCAUCGAUGCAUAAUUCUCGUGUCAACGAUUCCGUACGUGUAUCGCCAAAUAGCUAAUCAUACUACAACAAGCGUCGACAACCAUUGCAUAUUCAACAUUUCCCAUGCCGUAUGAACAGACAUUGUACAGACAUCGAUUUUCACGCGCAAUUCUGAAAUGGUAUUUUUUAAGUUACCUUUAAGUCUUUUAUUUAUUUAUGUACUUCCUCCCCUAGGCCAAUUUUUCUAGAGUUCAAAUUUCUUCAUUACGAUCUACCAUACAAUGUAUGUACAUACAAUUGCGUACCGUUAAUCAAAAACACCAAGCAUGGAACCAUCGAUUUUCCAUACAAGGAUUUACACUUUUGCUAAAUAAACUCUCAAAGCGGAA